GUAGAUGCACUCGCUGCAAACCAUUUCCAAACCCAGCAUCUUAAAAGUUCUUCAGAAUGGAAAUUUCGUCAUCAGUCAGUUUCGUCAUCAUGGCGACAUCGAUGAUCAUGUGCUUCUUACUCAACCUCCUCAUCGACAAGCUGCCUGUGCCCCCGAAGUAUGCGGAUGGAUCCCGUCGACACAAGUGGAGAAAUGUGGUCAUCUCCACCAUACAUGCAGUGUCUGCUUCAACAGGAGGAUUAGCAAGUAUAUACUUCGCUCCAGAGUUGCUUAGUGACCCCUUGAAUGCUACGUCCGCCAUAAUCCUAGUAUCCAUGGCAAUUACUAAUGGAUAUUACGUGUAUGACUUUAUCGAUCUUGCGAUGAACACCAAACUGGCCAGUUUUCUUCCAUUGAUGAUACAUCAUACUCUGGAUAUUUUUAUCCUAUUCUGGGUGAUAGUGGAGAAGAAAAUGUUUGGUAUAGUUGCCAUCACCUCUUGCAUAGAAAUCAACGGCAUCUCUCUUCAUCUCCGUCACAUCCUUCUCAUGUUUGACUACAAGAAAGAUGACCUCGUCUUCAAGGUCAACAACGUUUUCAAUGUCGUCACAUACGUCGUGCUUCGCCUGGGUAUUUUGGCUUACGACACGUGGUGGUUGUUUGCGAAUUGGACGGACGUUAACUUUCUUUUCCCGCCCAUGAGCCUUAUUUUGCUCUUAUUGAACAUAGGUUUAUUUUAUCGUUUGAUCGAAAGUGAUUAUAUUAGGAAACCUAUUACUCAAAAGCCGAAGGUGCGUGACAUAAUGGCUGACUAGGAAUGGUAUUUAUAAUUUCGUGCAGUGAAUAUUCAUAUAUAAUUAUAAUUGAACAAGCUAUAUACGUAGAGGAACUCUCUAUUUCUUGCUGUUUUCCACAUUUGAUUGGUUUCAUUUUUCAUCGAUCUACUAUUCUAGUCAUUUCUGUGAUAUUGGACUACGGUAAUAAAAGUGUUAUGCUCUU